AGGUUAUCUUGCCAGGCAGAGCAGCCUGCCUCACAGCUGUGCGGUGCAGAUCCUCGCCCCCUACCCGCUCUCCAAAGUGGGAUGUCUCCCUAAGAUAAGGCCAAGACUUCUCCCUUUGCAGCCUGCGUGUGACUCCAGCAGCUCAGUGACAUUCCCUGGGACUUGACAGCAUGUUCCCCAUGGACUGUGUCCCCCUCCUCCUCUUGCUGGUCUUUGAAACUGGCCAAGCUGAGGAGCCCUGCAAGGGCCAAGAGGAGUAUGAGUGCCCCAAGCCCUACCAGGAUGUCUACAGCAAAACUAGGGAUGUCACGGAGAUUCCAUCAUCAGCAAAUCCCAUCAUCACGGAGAUGUUCUUUGUGGAGACCAGCCUUGCUGAAAUCAAGGAGGGCGCCUUCCAGAACAGGCCCAACCUGGAGAAACUUCUGUUUAUUGGCAACAAGAUUAAAGCCGUGGAGGUGGGAGCGUUUGACAACUUAGAGAAACUGGUGGAGCUGGAAAUCACUGGGGCAGAGCUAGGCGACCUCCCCUUGGGCACCUUCCGAUCUCUUCCUCGGCUGCAAAAGCUGAAUCUGCGGGACUCGGGGGUCAAAGGGAUCGAGAAAGGACUCUUUGAAGGUCUUGGGGACUUGGAGGAUAUUUAUCUGCAUUGGAAUGAUAUUCCUUCUCUCCCUGAUGGAGUCUUUGAUGGGCUUCCCAACUUGUCCUUUCUACACUUGGCCAAAAACAAGAUUGCAGGCAUCUCGAAGGACGUCUUCCAGCAGCUUCCUCGGCUGAAGACCCUCCGGCUGUACGAGAAUGAGAUCAGCGGCCUCCCAAAGGGGCUCCUGGACAGCCAGCGCGGCCUGACGGAGCUCAGCCUCCAGAAGAACAAGAUCCGAACUCUGCCUACCGAAUUGUUAAGGAAUAAGCCCAGCCUGGAGAAGCUGUCUCUGGACAGCAACCACUUCGAGACCCUCCCAGACAAGGCGUUCUUUGGACUGAGGAAACUGAAAGUGCUGAAUCUGGCUUCCAACCGGCUUAAAGACCUCCCUGGUCAGCUGUUUGGAGAGAUGCCUUUGCUCACGCAGCUGGACCUGAGCAAGAACAGUUUGCAGGCUCUUCUGGAGGGUGUGUUUGUCAACCUCACAGGUGUCACAAAGCUCACCUUGUCCCUGAACCAGCUGACACGUCUCCCUCCUGGUGCCUUUACAGGCCUCGACAAACUGUCGGAGCUCAACAUAGAGGCGAACAAUCUCUCAUCCCUGGAGGCCCUGAUGCCGCCUUCGCUGGCAGGGCUGAAAACCCUCAGGCUCCGCCAGAACCACCUGGAGAGCGUUCCUGUGGGUCUCUUCGACAACUUUGCAAAGCUCGCCUCUGUGCAUCUCAGUGAGAAUCCAUGGAGGUGUGACUGCCUCCUUCUCUACCUCCACCAGUGGCUGAAAGAUAAUCCCAAAAAAGUGAAAGACGACACAAAGGUAACAUGUAGAAGCCCCAGGGAUCUGGCUGGGAAAGUGGUCAGUUCGCUGGAUGAAAGCCAACUGAAAGCUCUGCCACUGAGUCCCAGCCCUUCUCUGAAACUGCUGCUGCCCCCUUUGGAAUGGGGAAGGUCAGGGGCCGGACAAUCAUCUGUUUUGGUCUCUCCGGGUUAUCUGCCUUGGGUUCUGCUACUGCCUCGCUUCUCCUUGCCCCUCCAUUAGAAAUCUCAGCCUCCGGGGGCGGCGGCAGGGAGGCGCAAUUGGUAGUUGGUAGUUAUUUAAUGGAAUAACUGGGAAAGUGCGGGCAGCAGCAAGCAGAUUUCAUCAGGCAGGAACCUGAAUCAUAGGAAGGUUGAAAUCCCUGUUCUUCUAAUAUUCAAUAUUAAACUGAGAAAAAGCAAUGCAUUUUAAAAGCAUUUGAUGUG